CCCAUUUUCUAGCAUGGCAGGAGCAACAACUAGCUCUCUAGUAUUCUCAGUGCGAAGGUGCAAACCGGAGCUGGUUGCUCCGGCCAAGCCAACACCACAUGAGUUCAAGCAACUUUCUGAUAUUGAUGACCAAGAGGGUCUUCGAUUUCAAAUCCCAGUGAUACAAUUCUACAAAUAUAAUCCCUCCAUGAAUGGGAAAGACCCUGUCAAAGUCAUCAGAGAGGCACUUGCUCAAACGCUAGUGUUUUACUACCCCUUUGCCGGCAGGCUGAGGGAAGGACCUGGCCGGAAGCUUGUAGUGGAGUGUACCGGCGAGGGCGUUAUGUUCAUCGAAGCCGAUGCUGAUGUUACUCUUCAGCAGUUUGGCGAUGAUCUUCAACCUCCAUUCCCAUGCUUGGAGGAGCUCCUUUUUGAUGUUCCCGGCUCUGGAGAGGUCCUCAAUUGCCCGUUGCUGCUUAUUCAGGUGACACGACUCAAGUGUGGUGGAUUCAUCUUCGCCUUGCGCCUCAAUCACACGAUGAGCGAUGCAGCUGGCUUGGUCCAAUUCAUGACGGCCGUGGGCGAGAUGGCUCGUGGUGCGCGUGCCCCAUACAUUCCGCCCGUGUGGCAGAGACACCUUCUCAACGCAAGGGAUCCACCGUGCGUGACUUGCACACACCAAGAGUACGAAGAAGUGGCUGACACUAAGGGCACAAUCAUCCCACUCGACGACAUGGUCCAUCGUUCCUUCUUCUUUGGCCCCACUGAGAUGUCCGCCCUCCGUAGAUUUGUGCCACGUCACUUAAGCCGAUGCUCCACGUUCGAGGUACUCACUGCGUGCCUCUGGCGUUGUCGUACCAUAGCGCUCCAACCCGAUCGUGAUGAGGAGGUGCGCAUCAUAUGUAUCGUCAAUGCACGUGCCAAAUUUGACCCUCCGUUACCCACCGGUUAUUACGGUAACGGUUUCGCAUUCCCCGUGGCAGUAACAACCGCUGGAAAGCUCUGUGAGAAUCCAGUAGGUUACGCCUUGGAAUUGGUGAAGAAGGCCAAGAACGAUGUAACGGAAGAGUACAUGCGAUCGUUAGCUGAUUUGAUGGUGAUUAGAAGUCGACCCCACUUCACUGUAGUGCGAUCAUACCUAGUGUCAGAUGUGACACGUGCAGGGUUUGGAGAGGUGGACUUUGGGUGGGGCAAAGCGGCUUAUGGUGGGCCAGCCAGAGGUGGGGUCGGGGCCAUUCCUGGAGUGGCAAGCUUUUAUAUACCUUACAAGAAUAGUGAGGGGGAGGAUGGGAUAGUGCUCCCAAUUUGCUUGCCGGCCCCAGCCAUGAAAAGAUUUGCGGAGGAGUUGGAUUACUUGUUGACUAAUAAGCCCAUUAGGGACCACCAAAAAUCUACUCUUAUUGUAUCUAGCCUGUGAACCAAAUUUUCCGAUGGUUGUUGUGAGAUGCAUGAUAGAGACACUCAAAUGUGAUGAUGGGUGAAUGUAUCAUAUAUAUCUCCUACUGUGUGUGUAUGGUCUGCAUUAUCUGUAGACUUUGUUCCGAUGCUAUGUGAAAGAGUUUUCUGUUUUUAUGCUA